UCCCUCCCUCUUCCCCACCUCCCUCCAGCCUCUGUGCCUCGGAGCGGGUGGCCGGCUCGCUCGCUCGCUCGGUCGGUGGGUGCCGGGCAGUGCCGCCAUGCGGCUGCCGCUGCCCGCCGUGCUCUGCUGCUCGGCCGCCAGCCUCCUGCUGCUGCUGCUGCGAUGGCGGCGGCGGAGCGGGCUCUGGAGGAAGGUGAAGGCGGCGCGGCAGAGGCAGGAGCGCAGCCUGGUGCAGAUGGAGAUGGCCGUGCAGCGCUUUCGGGAGCAGCAUCCUUCUGUGAACGUGGUCUCCAUCCUCAAUCUGCCUUUGCCAGAGCUCACCAAGAAACUCCGGGAUGGCUCCCUACCUCUGGAGCACGUCUUCUAUGCCUAUGUGGGCAAGGCCCUGCAAAUGGCCACAGAAACCAACUGCAUCACAGAGUACCUGCAGGAAAGCGAGACCCAGGUCCAGAAAGCGAAGCCAGUGGGAAAGCUGGGCUUGCUCUAUGGGGUGCCUGUCAGCCUCAAAGACUCCAUCGACUGCCAGGGUCAUGAUUCCACAUUAGGGUUUAUAAAAAACAUCAAUAAACCCGUGGCAGAGGACAGCGUGGUGGUGCAGGUGCUCAGGAGGCAGGGGGCAAUUCCGUUUGUCAAAACCAACGUUCCCCAGUCCCUCGUCAGCUAUGACUGCAAUAACUUAAUCUUUGGUCAGACAUUCAACCCGCUGCUCUACACCAGAAGCCCCGGUGGCUCUACUGGUGGAGAAGGGGCACUUAUAGGAGGAGGUGGGUCCAUCUUGGGCUUCGGGACGGAUUUAGGAGGGAGCCUGCGUUUCCCUGCUGCCUUCUGUGGGAUCUGUGCAUUCAAACCCACUGGGAACAGACUCAGUAAAAAAGGAGUAGUUUCUGGUAUCCCUGGGCAGAAAGCAGUGACUGCAGCAGUUGGGCCGAUGGCAAAAGACGUGGAAAGCCUGGCUCUAUCCAUGCGGGCGCUCCUGUGUGAGGACAUGUUCAGCUUGGACAGUUCAGUGCCCCCCCUUCCCUUCAAUGAAGAGAUUUAUUCCAGCACGCAGCCCCUCCGCAUAGGCUACUAUGAAACUGAUUUCUUCACCAUGCCAAGCCCUGCCAUGAGACGUGCCAUUCGGGAGACAAAGCAGCUAUUGGAGGAUGCUGGCCACACGCUGGUGCCCUUCGAGCUCAUGAAUGUGGACUAUGCAUUCUUUAACUUCUGUGUCAAGGGAGUGUUUGCAGAUGGGGGUGCCAGCUUCCUCAGGAAGUUCAAAGGGGAGCUGGAGGAAAGCAGCCUGGGGCUGCUCUGGUUGAUGAAGUCUCCAAACUGGCUGAAAAAUGUCCUCUCUUGGAUCACCAAACCCUUUAUGCCUCGAUUUUCAGCCAUGCUAGCGAGUAUGAGAGCAAACACAGUGGAUCAAGUCUGGAGUCUUCAUCGUGAAAUUGAGGAGUUCAGCCAGCAGUUCACCACCCAGUGGAAGAAGCUGAACCUGGAUGUCAUGCUUUGUCCUAUGCUGGGCCCAGCUCUUGGCAUUGGCUACCCUCCGAAGCUCUCAGUGGCAGUCAGCUACACCAUGCUCUACAAUGCCUUGGACUUCCCUGCUGGUGUGGUCCCUGUCACAAUGGUGACAGAUGAGGAUGAGGAGGAGCUGAAGGGCUACCAGGGGUACUUUCGGGACUGGUGGGACCGCACCAUGGCAAAGGCUUUUCGCGGCAGCGUGGGGCUACCUGUGUCCGUGCAGUGCGUGGCCUUGCCGUGGCAGGAGGAGCUGUGCCUCCGGUUCAUGAAGGAGGUGGAGACGCUCGUCCUGAAGAACAACAGUUUCAUCUGAGUCCUGCAUGCUCACCCGGAGCAGGAUCCCAGCUAACAGUGCAGGACCUCCUUUGGUCUGACUUGCCGCAGGACUUGUGUUCCCCUCCAUGAGGAUGCAGUGAUGGCUGGGCUGGCUGCUGGCUUUGGGAUGCAAGGGGAAAAGGGAUGGGGACUCCAUGGUGGUGGGUGGAGCACUUACUGUCAUUGUCCAAUACAGUGGAUUUUGUAAUCGGAAA